AUGGAUGACGUUGACGACCUAGCGGCUCUCGAAGAGCUCCAUCGCGACCUCCUAGGCCUCCAAGCAAGAAGCCUUGGUGUGCUACAACGACUGGAUCCGCUACUCGAUGAAUUGCGCAGCUGGAUUCCUACUUUUAGAGAACUUCUCAAUAAGCCCCAGAGAAAUGAGAGCAGCCGGAGAACGCUUAUGACAGGGACCAUCACAGUCGAUGAAGUGGAGUACUCAAUCACAGACGAAUUCAAGGUCCAAGUUAUCGAAGUUUCCGAUGAACUAGAUCUCGAUGAACUCCGAGCCUCGAAGCUCUAUCUUCAAGCUCAAGAUGAUGCCGUGGAGCUGGACCGAAGCCCAACAACAACCGCCGUGAUAAGAUUCCACAAACGCCGCCAACUCCUCCUCGAAUGCCUACGAUUACUCCUAGUCCGACCAUGGAGUGCCUCGGAAGAGGAUGAGGGCAACGACGAAUAUUUUGCUUCUUUAGGGGAGGGGACGUUGGAGAGCCUGGAGAGGGAAUGGUCGACUAUCCUCGAUUUGUUACUCGGAAGAGACGAAGGUGACAACAGUGUGGACAGAGGCUCCCAAUUCUGGAACCGAUGCCAGAAUUACAUGGAAAACGUUGAAAAAUGGAUAGCGACACUUUUGACACGUUUCAAACGCUACGAGCUGGUAGACUUGGUCCUUCCAGCAGAACUCCAGGAAGUUUUUACCUUCCAACUGAGCUCUCUCUCGAAUCAGCAUGCAUCACUUUCUGCCAUCUGCGUGCAUCUCACAAAUCGCGCUUUUACGACCUUUGUGGACUUCCGGAACCUCCUUAACCGGUUAUCGAAAUUGGAUAAACACGACGCAAUUCUCUUGCACUAUUUUCCAAUUUACAUGGCUUUUGUUGCCCAAUUCGGCAAACGAAAUACGGCGCUCUCUCCCGAAGAGGAUCGACAAUUGACCCAGCUUCUGCAUCCGGCCAAGGACACAGAUCCGUGGAUAUUACGGAAUUUCCAUGCCGCAUGCUUGGUCUGCUGGCUGAGCGAAUAUGGAGCCUCCGAUGCUGCGCGGGAACGUGUCAAUGCGAAUGACCGAGCCAAACAGAUCGAAUUGCUGUUCACCGAGGCAUUAAGGAAUGGUGCAUUUCAUUUCCUGCUGUCCCUUGCGAAAGAUGUACACCGCGACGAAUGGUACGAUCCCGCCAAAGUUGGACUAGUAUCCUUUCUUCUCCAGGAAACCCCCUCCCUUCCACAGGGCACGUCUGCAAUGUCGGAGCACAUUGAACAGCUCAUUGUGAAAUCGUUGCAGGCCUUCAUUGGGUCUUUGAUCACCAACAUGCCGGAUGCUUUGAGAAAGCUCAAAGAAGAGGAGGAUGAAAAUCGGCGACUUCUGCAAUCGAGAUUCCAACGGGGGACCAAAGAAUACGAUUUGCACCUAGAAAGAUUUAUGGUCAUCAUUGCGUAUGCCUACGAAGGAAAGCCACAGAACGCAUUGGACUUUUGGACGGAAACCGAUGGGAACCUACGUGGCUUCCUGUCUUGGGCUGCAAAGCGACAGACGACGCCUCGUGCGGCAGCAUUUUGCGAAAUGCUAUGCUCACUCUCCGAGGACGAGGCGUGUGCAAAUUACGCCCACGGAUUCCUUCGCGACGAGAGUGAUUCCACCACGGGAAAGCUCCGACGGGCGACGUCGCUCAGUUGGACACAGAUCUUCAACGAGCUUCAAUUCUACUCGAACACCAUGAAGGACCGACCCGCGAUUGCUCCAAACCCCUCCUCGGCCCAUUCGUUUAACGACCAAAUCAUAGAACCCGAGUCGCAACUCAUGCUAGAGUGCUAUUUACGGCUUGUGUAUCAUUUAUGUCGCACGAGCCCCGAUGCGCGGGAAUGGGUCAUUUCACAUCCCGUGAUCAACCUUCCUGGGAUCCUCUUUCAGCUAUGCAGCAGUGGCAUUGAGAACCGGCUGAGGGCAUGCGCCUUCAACGCGAUAACAGCGUUGCUAACCAACAAGAGCGUGGAGCUUGGGAGAGCCUUGUGGAAUGCCCUGGAUCAUUGGAUUUUCGGAUCUCUUUCGUCGAGUCCCAAAUCCGGAGCAAGUCUCGAGGUAGCGGCCCAAACGGAAAUGCUGACGUUCAAUGCGAUUGCAUCUGGUUUCGAGGAAGCGAAUGCCUUUGUUGGCCUUGUCAACGCACUUGUCGCACCAUUCCCCUCGGAAUUCAAUAUAUUCGAUUCAUUGCCAUUCCCAGAGCAACUUGGCGCGGCAUAUCGGAUGCCGGGUAUCGAAUCAUACAUCGAUUUUACGAUUGGACGGCUGUUUGCCGAAACGUCCGUGGAUAUGUCAGAUCGGCUGCAGCAACAGGUCCUUCGAUUGAAUUGCCUGACCCUUAUUGCGACUUGCCUGUCAACAUUCAACGACAAUCUUGUGGCUAUUGCAAUGCUGUCUAAUAUCAAAGUGGACUCGGCGAUCCAGACCACCUCCCUAUCUGCGUAUGUCAGGCUUCACCCGUUUGCCCGCGUGAUGGACUGGAUGUUCAAUGACAAGGUCCUCUCGGCGUUGUUUGACACCGCCAACCAAAAGAUCGACGAGGUCAACAGCGUCACUUCUACAUCCCCGCAAAUCGCGGCGCUUCUCAAGAGCAUCGAGGUCAUGGACCUGAUCAUGAAACUACAGUCGACAUAUGUGGACUAUGUCCGCCCCAUUAUCAAAACUCAAACCACCGAGCGAAGGGCACCGGUCGCAAAUUCCGCGCUAGCGUCUUUCGAAGAUGCUGUGUUGAAUAACUUGAGGCUGGUGGUUGAUCUUGGCCUCUACUGCGGUACAGGACAUGAAGAGCUGACCAUGGUGUGUUUGCGGCUGCUAGAGAAAUUGUCUUCCUCAAGAAAACUCGCGUUAUCGACCACCUCCUCCUACGGGUCACGCGCUGAGAAAAGCAAAAUCAUCAUCAUUAUGGAAGGCGAGAACGACUCCGAGCGCAUAUCCCGUGGCCUCAUCCCGGCGAUGCAGCUCGACGUGCGAGAGCUCGAGGCCGGUCCUGAGACUGCAGGAUAUCUCAUCAAGGUUCAGAUACUGGAUUUCCUAUACCGGGGCUUAAGCACCUUAUCCGACCGAGCCGGACUUUCGCAUCUUUUGCUCGGGUUCUCGAGCGGACCGUCGGCUGGCUCGAUCACCAUAUCGGACGACGGCUUGUUUACUAACGGAAUGUCCUUGUUUCAUUCCCUCGUUCGUCUUGCCGUUGAGCAUCCUAUCUGCGACGGAGACCUGAUGAUAGGAUGGCAACUCAGGAUCAGGCAAGCAUGCAUCGACAUCCUGAGAACACUGUGGAAAUCCCCUCUCUCAUCGCAGCUCGUCAUGCUGGAGCUUCGCAAUCACGAUUUUGCGUUUCACACCGCCCUCCGGAACGUUCUCGUUCACUCACGCACGCUUUGGGAUGGAAGGACAUUGGACGAUGAUGACUUCCUUCUCUCUAGCUCUGCUUACUGCCUGCGAUACUUUCUGCAGCUGAGGGCAGCUAUGUACGACUACAUUGCCCGAGAAUUACGAGCGGCAACCUUGGCCAAGCAAACCACGCUUGUUGCGCGAUUGAAGGGGAUGAUUCUUGGAACCACCACGGUCCCUGGUGGGGAUCCCCUUCCGAACCCCACCAUAUUCGACCUCUUCGACUUCGCCGAAUUCGAAUUCCCGGAAUCAAUCCCCUUUCCAGAGACGAGGCUUUUACAAGGCUUAGAUCUUGCAAUUUGCGAGACGGAGGGAGCGGAUGGCACGCCUCAUCUAGAUUUGACUCGCGUCGAAGAGCUGCUCCUUCUGAAGCGGAACGAAUUGGAGAGGGACGUCAAGAUCUCCACCGCCGAGGAAUCUGCGGUGGUCAAGCAGGAAUGCCUCCAGGUUUUAGCAUAUGUGCAUGCGCGGAACCAGUUGGAAGCGAUCAACGCGGCUCGUAUUAAGACGUUGAGGUCCUGGAUACAGCUUCUGACCGUCGUAUUUGAGACGUGCUCUCUGGAGGCCAACAUCAAGGAUCCGAUCUUGAUGCAUGCUCUUCAAGUCAUUCUACCGAAACUCGAGCGCGCCAUACAACAGAACGCCGAAGAAGCUUCUUAUCUUACAGCUGCAGCGGGCACGAUAUUGCAGCAUUCCAACCACGCCGCCUUCGCAAGGGCCAACCGGAACGGAGACGUAGCGAACGACAUGCUGUUCCAGCUCUUCCGAAUCUUACUGAACGGCAUCGCAACCCCGAGUUCGGCGCCCGAAUUUAGACAUGCGGCCGAGCAGGUCACCCAUACCUACCUUCGAAACGUCACCGCAACCUCGACCAAGGCAUCCCCACUGUCCAAGCAGAUCUUACGGAUCCUGAAGCUCUGCGGCGAUCGCUUGUUCCAGGUCCUUUGCGACGACGCCCAGUCGGGCGGAAACAUCGGACGUCUACCGCCCAUCCUCUUAUUGGAAACCAUGGUCUCCCUGACCGCCCGCGAAGAAUCGAAGCUUGUUAUCGAACAGAUGUCAAAGUUGAAUUUCACGGGUCUACUAGUCGAUAGCAUCAAGUACAUUCCCGCCGAAGUCGCCGCGUCUCCACCCGCCGACAUCCCCCAACUCGUCACCUGCUACCACGCCAUCCUCGCGCUCCUCCUCCGCAUCUGCCAGACGCGCACGGGCGCCAUCCAGAUCCUCAACGCUGGCCUAUUCCAGGCCGUCCGCGAGUCCCAGCUCUUCUCCGCCGACCCCGAUAUCGGGCUCGAAAUCGACAAUCCCCAGGCGCUGCAGCGUUUCUACGAGGUCAUGCUGGCAGUGCUCCGGGUGAUCAAUGCCGUGGUGUUGACGCGCGGCCCGCAGAACGAGCGGGUGCUGCAGCAGGCGCGCGCGUUCGUGCGGGAGAACCGGUCGUCGAUCGUGGGCGUGUUCAAGCGGCAGGCGGGCAUUGGGAGCGCGGCCGGCAACGCGCAGGACGAGCUGAACGAGUUGGUAGAUCACUUCGCACUGCUGAUCGCGGCGACGGAAUUUAUUGAGGUAUGUGAACGUGUCUUGCCAUGCCCUUUGCCGGUGCUAACGAAACCGCAGCACGAGGAUAAGACGGCGUUCACCAAGGCGCAGUCGACGCUCUUUUCAUGA